CCGGCACCAUGUUUACGGAAGUGAGUGAGUCUGAUGAAUGAACACUACAUUAUCGUCCGUGUCUAUGUGAAAUGUAGAAAAACUGUCACGUAUAGUUAAAUUUGUCUAAUUUAGAAUAGUAGCUACUGUCAUACGUCUGAGGAUGAAGCUAGCUAGGCCACAAAAACAGUAGCUAGCAGCCAAAAAACGUCAACGUCGCAACAUCUCAGAAGCAAGAGGUUCUCAAUUACAGGUAGAUCUGACCAGACCUCUCUCCAGCACCAUGUGGGACCAGGAGAUCAGACAGAUGGCGUCCAGCCACGCCAUCAUGGCGUCAGGGGUGUUUAUGGCGACAGUGGUGCCAGCGGUGCUAGUGCCAGGUUUCUCUGUGUACGGGACACACCUGCUGUGGCUGUACUCUGUUGCCGGGGCCGUUGCUGUGGUCAACAUCACCCUGUUCUGGCUGCUGGGGGUCAGCUCCCCCACCAAGAAACACACUAUCACCUACAAGGUGUCUCGGUUGGUACGUUCCUGUCUCUACCUGCUCCUCUCCUGUCUGUUCUUCCACACUGUAGUGAUCCUGUAUGGAGCACCGCUACUGGAGACUGCGUUGGAGACAUUCUCUCUGGCCGUGUUGUUGACCAGUCUAACCACUCUGCGGUGUGUCUGUGUCCUUGGGCCCAACAUCCAGGCUUGGAUAAGAGUGUUCAGCCGACAUGGGGCCAUGUCGGUGUGGGACACCUCUCUACAGAUGGUGGUCGGCUGCAGUGUUGUCGGAGCCUGGCUAGGAGCCUUCCCCAUCCCAUUGGACUGGGACCGGCCCUGGCAGGUGUGGCCCGUCUCCUGCAGUCUCGGUGCAGUGAUUGGUUACCUGACUGGGCUAGUCGCCGCCCCCGCCUGGAUCCACUGGCACCGCAAACACCUCACCUACAAGAUCAAGUGAUGGACUGGGGAGGGAGUGAGUGAGGAAGUGAUGGACUGGGGAGAGAGUGAGUGAGGAAGUGAUGGACUGGGGAGAGAGUGAGUGAGGAAGUGAUGGACUGGGGAGAGAGUGUGCAUUUCUGUACGUGCAUAUGGUUUAUAGCUCAGUCCUCCAGGCAGCUGAUCCAUUAUCCCUGUCGUAAUCCUGCUGUAUUCCAUUGGUAUCUGAAUAUGUACUGGACUGUUGGAGUGGACAGGCUCUCUCCUGUAAAAUAUGUUUCCUUCAAAAAAGAUUCCAGACUUCCCCCUUUUGACAAAUAAAGUCUUAGUUCUCUACAGA